AUGGCGGAGGGACAGCAACAGCCUCCGCCGCAGGCACCGCAACAAGCGCAGCCAACGCCUCCUCCAACGCAGAAAGUUUCCGAUAUCAUUCGCAGCUUUCGUCCGACAAAGGCAUUCAAAGCGCCCAAGCAGGACAGCUCUAGCUAUGUGACCUCGUUGGAUUUCGACGAUCAGGGCGAUUACUUGGUGUCGUCAGGUGACGACGACACGAUCCAGAUCUAUGAUAUCAAGGAAGGCAGAUCUACCAAGUCGGUUCCUAGCAAGAAAUACGGUGCGCACUUGGCCAGGUUCACCCAUCACUCGCGCCAAGUUCUUCAUGCAAGCACCAAAGUAGAUGAUUCGUUACGUCUUCUGGACCUUCACAAUGAAGGAUACAUCCGUUACUUCUCGGGACACACAGACAAGGUGACAUGUUUGGCUCUAUCACCCGGCACCGACUCGUUCAUUUCCUGUUCCAAGGACGAUACGGUUGCGCUGUGGGACCUUGGUUCAAGAAACGCGCAAGGGAAAUUGAAUCUCUCCACCCCUUACUUAGUGGCAUUUGACCCCUCCGCCUCGGUCAUUGCCAUUGCCUCCCAGUCGACAUCUUCCGUUCUUCUCUACGACUUCCGUAACUACGACAAAGCCCCAUUCUCCACGUUUGACCUUGCGCCGUACGAAGAAAAAUACACUCCUUCCACCAGGGGAAGAGCCUGGACUCGACUGGAGUUUUCCAAUGAUGGAAAGUACUUGCUCGUGGGGACGGAUUAUCAUGGACACUUUGUUCUCGAUGCUUUCGAAGGAAAUGUGAAAACUUUUCUAGUUGGCCGGAAUGGGUCUCCCGGUAGAGCGGCCCCCGUAUCGACGACCGGAAAGCCGCUCGGUCAGGGCGAUGCCUGCUUUUCACCCGACGGACGAUAUGUCAUCGGUGGCUCUGGAGAUCACCCGGACGUCCUCGUAUGGGAUCUACAGCAGGCCCCGGACCCGAACGGCACCUUACAGCCCAUGUGCAAAUUACCGCAUCGUGGUCGCACAGCAGUCGUGGAGUACAACCCGAGAUACAACAUGUUUGCUACUGCCGAUAAGGAGACUGUCUUUUGGCUUCCGGAGGACAGCUCCAAGAGCUCCGAGAAGCAAGGAUAA